AUAACUUUGAACUUACACUGACAGCCCCAGUGAUCUAUCCUCUCCUUCAGAUUCUGACACCCACAGCAAUCAAUAAUUCAUUUUUUUCCCGGUCGAACACAAGUCGGCCGUUAUUGUAUUGGUUUUGCAGAACAAGAACCACCACCCUCACUACCCUCAUCGUGUCCCCAACUUUACAACAUAUAGCCAGUGGGACUCUGACUGGGAGGUGGUGUGGUGGUGGUCGACCUGAAGUAUUGUAGAUGCCGCUGUCUGUCUAUUUCGAGAAGUCCGCUUUCCGACGAGAACUCUGGAAGCGAAGGUUUAUUCAACAUGGUCACGAUAAGAAGCAGCUAGAUCGAUAACUUUAUUUAACAUUCAGUUAUAUAACUUCAAUUUUAUCUUUUCUCCUCUAGAUUUCCAUGCAUCGAUCAUGGAGCUCACCACCAGGACCUUCAUCCCAACCUUCGAGCUCAACUGGCUCACUCAGACAAAUCCCCAGAACGAGAUCGCUGCCAUUGACACUUGGCCAAAGCCCACAACCCUUGAUUAUAGCGAGAGAUGAACACCUACAACGCAAAUUUCGCGUGAACAACAUUCCAUUUGGCGUCCAAUUCGAGAUUGCCCGCUUAAUCAAUUCUUCGAAUGACGUUCAAGUUCCUUUGCGGGGGCUGGAUUUCAAGCAGAUAGCGGACGUCGUGUGUAAAUCAACGAAGCCCAAUACGGAAGGGAUCGACAAACUCCACUCGCUAAUCCGUGAUAACCCAAAUUUAACCUCGCUCGUCAAUGGCGAUAGCUUACAGUCAAACAACAAAACACAAUGGAGUGCUUUUGACCUCGAAGAGAAUGUGCUAGCCAUCGAUCCUCAAGGGUGCAUAGGCCAUUUUGGGCUGGAAAGGCUCAACGUCGAGGAUCUCAAAGAUGCCGGGGAAGAUUUGAGCUGCACAUACUACUAUGGCGGGAAGGUUGAUUUUACAGCUCAAUUAAGCAAGCGGCAGGACGGAUCGUACUCUGUCACGCUACGGAAAGCCAAAUUGACUCAAUCGAACAAGCUCAAACGGCGCUUUGGAUCCGCAAGCGUGCUCAAAUGCAAAUUCCCCGAAAAGUUUAAAGGGGCAGGAAACGAAAUCGUAGACUCCUUCGCUAAAAGGCCUUUGGUUCUGUGGGAUUGGGUGUAUAGAGCCAUCAGUGCUAAGGAUGGUUCUAUCUUCUUCUUCAGGACGAACGAGACCUUAGGUGACGAUGGCAAGAUCAAACGGAACACGGACAAUCGUCCAAACAAUAUUUCGUUCAGGAAGCUCAUCGAGUGGGCGAACCCGCUCGCGCGGGCUUCCGGUUCGAAUACUGUUUCCAAAUGGGCGUCACGAAUGACCCUUGUACUUUCGACCUCAGUUCCAGGUCCACUUUUGGAACUGGAUGCUAUUACGUUUGCUGAAGACAUAAAGUCCGAAGAUGGUUCCGAUAUGACCGAUGGAUGCGGAUACGCAAACAUCUCGUUCUUCAAGUCGGUUCAAGCGCGCUUUGCGUUGUCAGAAGUUCCAUCCGCUGUCCAGAUUCGUGUUUUUGGUGCAAAGGGUAUGCUUGUGCGUAACUCCGAAGCGCCAGAUGUUGGUUCGCCGAAGAUCUGGUUGCGUGCUUCACAACGGAAGAUUCUCUUAAAAAAGUCGCAAGAUGACGACCAGUCUCACAAAACAGUGGACAUCCUCCGUGUUGCUCGGACAAGAACGCCGGCCAGAUUAUCAACAGAAGUGAUAAUCAAUCUUUCCCAUAACGGGGUCCCAGACGAGAUCUUCAAGGAGAUUCUUAAAGCGAAUCUCAAAGCCUCGCUCGAACCGUUGAUGGAAUGGGGACAGGGUAAACCAUCAGAUAUGAUGCGGCUUUGGCACGCCGUCGACAAGAUCGACAGCGUCUCUUCCAAACGCCAAGCAAGACAAAAUCCGACCGAACUCCGUAUCCGAGGACUUGAUGAGGAUUCAAGGGCAAAAGGGGACGAGGAAGAACAACCGGAUUCUUGGUUGCCAGAUCCAUUCUCUGGCUGCCCCGCAUUCUUUUCGGAGAUCAUCGAGGAGUUGCUCUCGGCUGGUUUUAACCCUCAAGGCUGCGGGUUCUUAAGGGCUAAACUCUUUGGCCUCUUGAAGGACCAAAUUCCCCGGAAAUGUUCCAAACAAAACUGGGACAUAGAACAGAGCGCGAUUUCGUUCGCCGUUCCAGAUCCGUACGGAGUAUUGGGCCCAGACGAAAUUUAUUUCAAGAGUUCCCGUAAUGAGUUUGUCGGUGCCAAUGGCUUACUAUCUAGCAGCAUGACCGGCGAUGUUCUCAUUACUAGGAAUCCUUGCAAACUCCCAACGGAUGUUCGCAAGGUAAAAGCGGUAACUCAUCCGCGCCUCGACAGCCUCGUCGACUGCAUCGUCUUUCCCAUCACAGGCAAACGAAGACUCAUCGACUUCCUCGCCGGCGGUGAUUACGACGGUGACCGAGUCACGGUCAUAUGGGAUUCCACUAUAGUCGACAACUUCAGGAACGCACCAGAGUCCUUUGCCAACGAACCCCUUGAAGUUGGAAAAUGUUUUGAGGGGAGCAAGCAGACAACCCUCGAAUACAUUCGACAACUGAAACAGAUGGACGAAUCUUCGUACAUCUCGUCUAUGCAACAACAUUUGUUGAGUGGCCUCACGGACCCAUACAUCAUUGGACAGUAUUCGGUUAGGCACGACAAGUUGACUUACAUGUAUGGUCUUGAUGAUUCACGAGCAGUACGGGAAGCUUAUAUGUUUUGUACCGUUCUCGACGCAUCAAAGAGCGGCAAAAAGCUCUUGAAAGACGUUCGAGAUACGGACCUUUCCCAGAAAUUAGGACAGCUUCCCUGGAAGGUGGCGUUGGAGUGUAUAUCGCCGCAAACGCAAACUGUGUCCUCUGAAUAUCAGCCAGGACCUCAUCUAAUACGCCAAAACAAGGGCCGUGGUCGGUUCAUCAUGGAUGUUUUAUCAGAUGCAGCAGUGAAGCAGCACCGGGAAUGGAUGGACCAUACCAACGGAUUUUUCAAUGGUGUUGGUCCUCCUACUUCACCAUUCGAAGUGGGAGCUGAUCUGGAUCUAAGCGCCCCUUGGCGUACAUUCCACGAUGCCGUUCAUGCCGGGGACUCAGAGGACCUCCGGGAUGACUGGACAUCCAUUAAAAAGUUUGUUGAAGAUCUCCGCGGGGAAUUUUGCGAUCGAUCAGAGAUAAGUCGGAAGUGCUCCAAGCAGUUCUCGUCGUUCCCCUCCCCUGGCAAUCUUCGGAGUUUUAUGGAUGAGAAUACUAUUGCGCGGCUCCUUGCUUCUUAUGCAUAUUACUCUUGUAUGAAUUACUCGGACCAGCCGUUUCCGUGGUCUAUGGCGUUCAGAGAGCUGUGUUUGAUCAAGGCCAAAGCUUCGCGGUCGGGGUUUAUGACAGUCGUUUCGGAGUUUGCAGACAAUUAUAGAUUAGCCAAGUCAAGCCGGUAGUGGAAGCGGGAGAUAGUAGGGACAAUUUGGAUCUGUAGGACUUGUAUUCCAAUUCGAUUCA